AUGACGACGACGGAUGCGAUCGCGGCCUACUACGACUUCUCGGGGAGGAUAUUCUCAAAGAAGAAUAGGAAAGGGAUGAUGGGCGUAUUGGUCGGCCAUCCAUUCCAUGAGAAGCCUCUUGUAGACAUCAUCAAGGGUAUGGUUGCUACUCAUCAGAUUGGAGAGCUCAUGAUCGACCCGAAACCCGAAGCUCGGUCUAAAGCUUUCGUCUGCUCGCAGCCCGCACAUAGACAGGGGAAGGCCACUCGCUUUCGAACCUACGAACCACCAGCCCCGCUGAAGAAAGAUACUUCUCUGCACAUUUCUUCUCCUUCGGGCUCUUCGUCGUCCUCUUCCAUCCAUUCGUCGUCGUCGUUAAAAUCCCCUUCUCAGUCUUCAGCUUCUUCGAUAGAUGAUUCGCUCGCACAUGGACCACCCAAGCUUAAAAAUGUGACAUCCACGAUGAAAGACCCGUGGAAUGACUACAGGGACGUGCAGAUUUGGGAAGCCGCUCGUGCUACGACAGCCGCGCCGUCGUACUUCGACCCCAUGGUUCUCACCCGCGGAAGCCACAGUAGAACUUUCAUCGAUGGAGCAAUGGGUUGUAACAACCCAGCAAAAGAGGUAGUCGAUGAGGCGGCAGCCCUGUUCGGAACAGACUGCGUCCUAGGCUGUCUUGUCAGUCUAGGAACCGGGUUCUCUGGCGAGGUAACGAUUGGGGAGGCCGAGAGUGGGAUAAAGAAAACCGUCGGUUUAAUUAACAACCUCAAAAAGAUAGCCACGAAUACGGAAGAAGUACAUGAGGAUCUACGACGUCUAAUACGAGCCGACUUGGAUACUUACUUUCGGUUUCAACUCCCUAGCGGAGCCGAGAAUAUCCGCUUGCACGAGUAUAAGAAACUCGAUGAGCUAUCCCGGCUCAUGCAAGUGUAUAUAGAAAAAGAGUCAUCUGAGAUCGAUAAGGUUGUGCGGAUCCUGAUAGACAAGGCAAAGCCAAGAGGCAUCACCCUUGGCCAGAUCGCUCAAUCCGACCACGGCCAGAUCGACCCGCCCAAGAAAGAUAUCCGUAGCCGACCACCUGUCAGCGAGUUCUUCGUCGGUAGACAAGAUAUCAUUGAUACGCUAGCCAAGGACCUUUGCCCAGAUAAACUACGUCCGAAUCGCCAGCGACGUCAUCUCAUAUAUGGUCAACCUGGUGUCGGCAAGUCGCAGGUCGCCUCCAAAUUUCUAGAUGUUUAUGGACACUGCUUUGACAUGAUAUUAUGGGUCGAUGCGAUGAAUAAAGAAACGAUCGAGGCUGGUUUUAGGGAACUCACGAAUUGCUCGGAAUAUGGUUACGCUGGCGACGGAUCGCCAAGGUCACUGCUGUCAUGGCUGGAGAGGACGGAGCAUUCGUGGAUCCUGGUCCUCGACGAUGUGCGCGGAGACGUGAGCAAGUACAUACCCAGUGGAAGUAAUGGCGCCGUGCUCUUCACCAGCCAGAACAAACUCAUCAAGCCCGCUCAAAGGUGGACAACCUUUGUGGACGUAAUAAACGAAACAGACGCACUCGAACUACUCCUGUCCAGCGCACAACUCACCGAAGUGGAUGAAAAAGCGCGCAGGGGGGCGGAAAGGCUUGUGAAAUCCUUAGGUUAUCUGCCCCUGGCCAUUGAACAGGCGGCCGCCACGCUUCGGAUGGAACAAUGGGAAGUCACAGAGUACGAGGCCGCACUCGAAACCCAAAAUGAUGACUUACUGAAAAAGCCAGAUAUUGAUCACGGCUCGUUCGUCCGCCGAGCCGUGCACGCUUCCUUCGAUGUCACGUACAAGGUCCUCAACAAGCAAGCCCACGAGGCUUCCGACGAGACAAAGGCCCAGGCCGCAAAAUACGCACUCCAGCUCUUGAACCUUUUCUGCUUCUACCACAACGAAGGCCUCAUGGGAAGUAUCCUCAAGAGAGCAACCACUUAUCGUCCAGAUAAUAGGAAGCAGGAUGACUAUGGGGUUGGCGCCGAGUCCUUUGCUGAUCUGCUAGCUGUGGACGAGUCCGGGAAAUGGAUCGAGCGCCCAUGGCAGCUGGGCAUAGACUUGUUAAUUGCGUAUUCACUAGUCAAAGUGGCCAAAGAUGACCAGGUUCAGAGACUGUACUCCAUCCACGGCCUCGUACAUAGUUGGGCGAGACAAAGAAUGCCCGAGUAUAUCCGCCGUGCGCGAGCCAAAGCUGCUAGAAUACUACUUUUCGACACGGUCCCCAAAUCCCAAUCUGCCCCCGACGAACUUUUAUAUAAUGUGAAAAUCCUCCCACACGCCCAGGCUGCUAUGAAGAACACUGCGGAGGUCGACCUAGAUGACCGGGCACUGAAAGCGGAUCAGUGCUAUAAAUUCGGAUUGAUAUUAGACCUAGGAGGGUUUACCCAGGACGCCCUUUCUGCCUUGUCCCAGGCAUUCGAAACCUAUUGUUCUGAAUACGGAGUGUUAUCCGAGAUAACCUUAGAAGUUUCUCAAUGCAUGAGUCAAGUAGGAAAGCGUAUGUACUAUUUCGCAGAGUCCUUUCGCAAUGCGAAAUAUAUAUACGAGGCGAUGGUACUCAAACACGGCAAAGAACAUAUUUACACAAUCCGUGCUCUCGCUAAAGCGGCAGCAUUGAUGACUGAGCUAGGGACGCUUGAUCUCGCUGAAAACAUAUUACGAGAUAUUCUCGUGGUUCUUCCAGUAUUGUUCCCCGGUGAAGAGCAGUUAACGACCAAGACUGCCUUAUCCAUGGUUUUAUACUACACACAGCGAAUGGGUCAAGCUAGGGAUAUGCUUGUCGACGUAGUGCGAGAAUGUACAGAACGAUUUGGUCCUUCUCAUCCAGAUACUCUCGCGAGCAUGUCUAAUUUGUCUAUCGUUCAAAUUAGAUUGGCGAAAUACGAAGAAGCAGAAGAUUUAAUCCAACGCGUUAUGGAGGCCGAAAACAAACUUUUUGGGCCCAAUUACUACGAGCGAGCCACCACUCUUCAUAACCUCGCGACCGUGUACUUUCAUCAAAAGAAAUAUUCGGAAGCACUGAAGCUAUUCAGAGAGGCGAAACGUCUGGAUUGCGACGACAACAAACUGGGUCCCGUCAGACAUUGGUAUCACCUCCAGGGCAUAGCGCUAACAAGGUACAAGAUGGGCGCUCGGCCUGCGGCCAUUAAACUGAUUAGUAACUGCUGCAAGAUAUUUGAAAAAGGGUUGAGUAAUUUGCAUAUUUGCACAGCGAUGGUCAAACUGCAGAGAGACGAGUGGAUAUGGGAAGAGGAAAACAACCUUCCCAUCCAAACGGCACACGUCUUCGACAUAGUACCAAUGUUUCGAUAUUAG